AUGUUGCAACCGAACAGUGUCCAUUCCUUUCGCCAAAGAGUGGCCCACUUCAUCCUAAAAGCGAACUUGUAUUUAUCCUGGGUCCUCGGAAUAUUUCCCUUCACUUUCGACUCCAGGAAAAGACGACUGCAUAUUUCAAAGUGGCUUUUGGCAUACGGCGUGAUUCUGCACCUAUGUCUGGUACUAUUAUUAUAUCUGCCAACUAGCGAUAACCCCAAUUUCAUGAAUGGGGAUUUAUUUGAGCCUAAUCCACUGGUAAGGCAACUUGAUUUCAUCUUGCGCAGUAUCAGCCGCACUGGGAUAUCAGUGACCCAUCUACGAACAUUCUGGAAAUGUAAGGAGUUGGUUGAGGCUUUAAACGAACUCCUGAUGCUGGAGCACCAUCACUUCAGAGAGCUCAUCCUCAGGGAUUGCCCUCAACUCGAUUGGUUCGUGAUCUUCAAGGGAAUAUCGCCGCUAGUGGUGACGAUGUAUUCUCUUGUGAUCUGCUGUGGAAUACUUGAUAAUAAUAAGACGGUCCAUGAGGGUUUUUGCGUAUCCGUUGGCAUUUUGGCAGUUCUCAUGGUCAUAAUGCACUUUCACCUGUUAAUGAUCUAUAUUUAUCGGCUGGUGUGGAUAAUCAAUGGGCAACUCUUGGACAUGGUCACACGACUAAGGAGAGGCGAAAGUGUGGAUACCGAGCUGGUUAAACGACUCCUUUUUCUUUACGGCCGCGUUUCGGAUCUUAACACUCGUCUCACCAGAGUUUACGACAUCCAAAAUACAUUUAUCCUUUUUUCGCUCAUGCCCCAAGCAGUGGUCAUGAACCUCUGUGAUCUUUGGCUGACCAUAGCCUGUUGUGACUUGCCCGAAAGAGCGUGCGAAAAAACUUCACGGAUCCUGAAGUUGUUUAACGAUAUUGAAGGCAUGGACAAGGAACUGGAACGGAGGAUAUCUGAGUUCACCUUAUUUUGCUGUCAUCGCAGGCUGAAAAUUUGCCAACUCGGAAUGUUCGACAUCAACUAUGAGAUAGGCUUUCGCAUAUUCAUCACCAACAUUUUGUACGUCCUUUACCUGGUGCAAUUUGAUUAUAUGAAUCUACAUUUUAAAUAA